AUGAGAACAAUGGAAACGCAGGUGCAGGGUGCCGACAGGGGGCUGGUGUUGCCCCCAAUGAACUCAACGGUGUCGACGGCGACGGCGGCUACCACGGUCACGAAUACGGACACAGAUACAGAUGGAGAUGAGGAGGACGAAGACGAGGACGAGGACGAGGACGAGGAUGAGCCAUUGGUGGAGGACGGCGGCGUCGAAUGGGUGCCCGCGUACAUGCUGACCAGGGAAAAGUCGCACUACUUGGGCCACUUCCUUGGGGCCAACAAGAUGCUGGAGGCCGUGAAGUGCAAGCAUUGCGACGUGGUGAUUAGACGGCAGGCGAGCAGCACGAGCAUGGCCGUGGCGUGCCAGGAACAUCUGCGGAGCGUACACAGGAUAGACCCGAAUGCCAAUUACUACGGUGGGUGGUCCAAUACAGACGCUGGCGCCACCUCCAUGACAAGGCCGCCUUUGAAGAACCACCAGGGCGGAGUUAGCAACACUGCGACAAGCAGCAUUGUAAACCUUCUGGAAAUAGACGAGGACCUUCUAAAGCGGACGAAAGAGAGAGAAAUGGCUUUGCCUCUUGUGCAAUCGCUCGCUAUCAUUAUCGCGUCGGAGAACUUGCCCCUGUCGUUUGUAGACAACUCUGCUGUGCGUCUCUUGAUCAACCAGAACGCCAACUCACUAAGCUUCAUCGAUCACGAUUUGAUCCUGAACACAAUCAGGUCCAUUGCGUACAAUCUUGACCGAAUCAUCCAAAGGACGGCGUUGCGUAACAACUCAGACUUGUCGUUGAUCAUCGACAAGAAUUAUUUGUUGCUAGACCCGACAGAAAGGUCCAAUCAACUGUCGAAUAGAUUGAAAAACCAACUGUUUGAGAUGCAGAAGAUCAAUUUUUUUUCCUUAAGCCAUUCCAUUUGGAAUAACAUAACCUCCAUCUUGAGCAUUCAAUACUAUGACGAUUUCCAUUCCCAAGUGAAGAUUUUGCCCCUGAUCAUCCAAAACCUACACGAAUUCGACAACGAUCCUAAACUGUCCAUUCCAGCGCAAUUGUUCAAAAUAUCACAGGAGUUACCUGGGUUGCAGAACACGGUAAUCUCCAUGACUUUGCCAAGGCCCCAACUAAUAGAUCUUUUGAACGUCAUGGACAGCCAGCCCUUUUUCCCUAAUUCGUAUACGAAUGCCAAGAACUAUUACCAUAACUGUAUCAUUUCCAUUAUAAAUUCGGCAAUGCUACCAUUAUUUGGUACUUCUAAAUCCACUGAUAUCAAGUAUCCGGUACCAUCAUCUACCAAGGAACCACUGACUCUUUUAGACUCUUUGAUCGAUUUAUCGAAUAUAGACAUUUCAAACACAAUUUUCUCGAAAAUAAAUUCUUUCCUAGAUGAGUUGCAAUCAAAUCCGUGGCAACUAGAUAAAUUCCGCUCACUAUGCGGGAAAUUCGGAUUCGAAUUCAAAUGUCAUAGAUUCAGCAUAUCUCGUUAUUCUACUGCCACGGUUUCAUUGCAAAACUUCUUAAAUUUACGUCCUAUAAUAGAAGAAUACCAAUCCACCAUUCAAAUUGAUAAAUUCAACGAAAUCGAUUUCCAAAUAAUAGACUAUUUAUUAGCCACUUUAAAUUCUAUCAAUAGAAUACUAGAGUUCUUUACCUCUUCCAAAAAUUUGAAUUUCACAUACGUUUUGUUUGCCAUUAUGUCUAUUGAAAAACACUUACUAUCUACUUUGAGUACUCUACAAUUUCAAAGGUUGAUUGCGCCAUUUGAAGCAUUUUUGUCAAAGAUCCAAGAAUUUAAAACAAUUCUAUUUUCAGAUGACAUGAAUCUCUUGGCGAUGUUUUUGUGCCCUGCAAUUUUAUUUGAAAGAGAAGUUCUGGAGUAUUCUUUCCAUACAAUUUCACUUUCUGAAAUAGUAGACAAACUUUCCACACUAAUUUUCACUUUGCUGAAAAGAUUUUUGAAUUUGCAAACAAUAGGUAAUGUGAACAACGAUAAUAACCCCUCUAAUAACAACCACAUGAACAAUCACAAUGGCGACAAUAACAACGUUUCAAGUUCAAAUACACCAGCAUCAAGAAUAAAUAUAGAGUCUAAUAGUGGACGAAGCUCAGCCUCACCCGCACAACAGCCACACGAAAACAACAACAAUAACAACAAUAACAUGCCAUUCAAUUCCCUCAAUGAUACUCAUCAACUAUCAGACUCCACCAUCUCGAGCGAAAUAGACACAAUAUUUUUGCAAACCAUCCAAGAAGAUUUAUACGAAUAUUUAAGUACGGUGAAUUCUAUUGUACCUAUAUCAUAUAGAUCAUAUUGUGAACAGAGUAGUUUCGUGAGAGAUAAUGGUCGUUUCAAAAAGAGAAUCAUAACUGAAGAUUCUAUAUUAGGCGAGUUAGAGCAACCAAUGAACUUCAUCGAGGAGUUACUAGACAUACACGUUCCCGUAUGUAGUGCAUUUUGGGACCAAUUUUUGGAUAACGAUGCUGGACCAAUAAUUAGAGUAUUAUUCAAGAUGAUGCAAUGUCAGUCUUCUUCAUCCAUCAGGGAAGAAUAUUCAUUUUUGAAUGACUUCGUUCCAAGAGUACAUCCUGAUUUGACUCAAGAAAUCAUUAAGAUCAAAUUAUUUAAUGAUCAAUUCGUGGCCAGUAAAGUGGACUACGAUUUAGACACUUUGCAAACUGCAAGCCAAUAUAUUCCGUAG